CAUUCUUCAACUGCUCAUCUUCUGCUUUAACUCACCCUCUUCUAUUUAAUCUUCUAAAUUUCAAACUUUUUACUACAUAAAUAACCAACCUUUUUUUUUACUUUAAAAAAAAAAACCGAUUUCUCUUGAUUUUCAGUUCACUGAAUCAAUCAUUUUAUAUCACACAAUUUGCCACAAUUUUUGGUCCACAACAUUAUCAAAAUGGCCACCAUUUCCCUAGCAGCAGGACAUUGUGCUAAUAUGUCGAAGGCAUGUUUUGGCAAUGGUAAGAAGGUUCUUCUUGCUAAUGAUUUUCUUGAAGGUAAAAUCAUGAACAUAAAUAUGUGUGUAUUAAGGCCCUUAGAAUGCUCUAACUAUAAGAACAGCAGAAAAAAGCUGAACAUUAUUGCUAAACUUAAGAAAGGGAAGAAGCAUGACUACCCAUGGCCAGAUGACAUCGAUCCUAAUUUAUCGAGUGGGCAUUUGAGAUACCUCUCUCACUUUAAGCCUUUGGAAGAUAAACCAAAACUUGUGACACUUUCAUUUGAGAAACCAUUGGUUGAUCUCAAGCAGAAGAUCAUCGAGGUUCGUCAAAUGGCAGAUGAAACUGGUCUAGAUUACAGUGAUCAAAUUAGUGCUUUGGAGCUCAAAUAUCAACAGGCUAUAAAAGAUCUGUACACCCAUUUGACACCGAUACAACGUUUAGACUUGGCUAGACAUCCCAACAGGCCAACUGUCCUUGAUCAUAUUCUGAACAUCACAGAGAAGUGGGUGGAACUCCAUGGAGAUCGUGCAGGCUAUGAUGAUCCAGCUAUCGUAACUGGUAUAGGGAGCAUCGAUGGUAGAAGUUAUCUGUUCAUCGGCCAUCAGAAGGGAAGAAACACAAAGGAAAACAUUUAUCGAAACUUUGCUAUGCCAACUCCUCAUGGGUACAGGAAGGCUUUGCGCAUGAUGAAGUAUGCAGACCAUCAUGGUUUUCCCAUUAUUACACUUAUUGACUCACCAGGAGCUUAUGCUGAUCUCAAAUCUGAGGAACUUGGUCAAGGUGAAGCAAUAGCUCGAAAUGUAUGGUCCAUGUUUGGACUGCGAGUUCCUAUCAUCACAAUAGUAACUGGUGAAGGUGGUUCUGGAGGAGCUGUGGCUAUCGGCUUCUGCAACAAAUUUUUUAUGCUUGAGAACUCUGUUUGCUAUGUUGCUAGUCCUGAAGCAUGCUCUGCAAUAUUAUGGAACUCAUCCGAAGCAGCCCCAAAGGCUGCUGAAAAACUGAGGAUAACAGCUCAAGAACACCUCCGGCUAAAAAUUGCUGAUGCUAUCAUUCCUGAGCCGCUUGGAGGAGCACAUUCUGAUCCUUUAUGGACAUCUCAGCAGAUAAAGACCGCCAUUUUACAAGCCAUGGAGGAACUAGGUAGGAUGAGUAAAGAAGAGUUGCUUCAACAUCGUAUGCUCAAGUACCGUCAUAUUGGUAGUUUUCAAGAAUGCAUCGCGAUUGAUCCAAAGAAGAAAUGGAAGAUGAAGCCUUCAGAUAUUAAUAUGGCAGAAUCUGCUGAUAUAGAGACUGAAGUUGAGAACUUCAAGAAGAUGAUUCUAGAAGCGAAAGGAUCAAAUGAGCAAACAAACCAAGCUUUGGAAAAGAUACAGGAGGAUGUUGACAAAGAGAUCACAAAGGCCUUCAUAUCCAUGGGCUUACAAGGGGAACUCGAAUCACUCAAGUUAGAUUUAGCUAACUCCUCAAACCCGCUUUUGAGCCUUACUCUCAGAGAUAAAGCAGAUAGACUAAUGCAGGAAUUCAAGCUUAAGUUGUCGAAACCAGGUGAAUAUAUGGGGCUAAAAGAGAAGCUAGCUAAAUUUGAAAUGCUAAACAGGCUCAUAAAGAUCAAGAAAAAAGGUGACAGGAUAAAAGCGGAGAUCAAUAAAAAAGUACCAAUUAAGGUAAAGGAGAAGUUGUUGCUACUAAAAUCUGCAGAAGAGAAAUUACUGCAAGGCAAUGAAAUAGAUAAGGAAAUAGUAGUAGAUGUACAGAAUACUAAAAAAGAGCUCGAAAAGGUCUUGAAGUCAUCUGACUUAAAGAUUGUUGGUACGACAAAGAGAGUUGAAGGAAGUUCGCGUUAUGAUUUGAACAAGAAGCCUUCAGUGUUGAACAAUGAUAUGAUUGCAGAAAUCGAAAGGGCUAUAGACAAGGCAGGCCUUAGGGAGAAAAUAGAAGAACUGAAGGCAGAUAUUUCAGAAAACUCAAGCUUGGAAAAGGUAACAAGACUACAGGAUGAGAUAAAGGCGAAAAUUGCUGCUGUUAUGAAAGCUGAAUUUCUGAAAGGGAAAAUAGAGAAUCUGAAAGAUGAUCUGGUGUCUCCUACAGAGGUAGUUCUGCUAGGUAAGCUCGGUGCUGAAAAUGGAAGAACAUAAUCAAAUUUCGAGUACAGAUCUUCAACCAAUGAGAUUGUAUAUAAAUACAUAUCAAAGCUUUUCAUAGCUAAGAUCGAAAUGAGCAUAUUUUUGGACAGUCCAAGGAUAAUAUUGGAUUAUAGAACAACCAAUGUCCAACAAUAUACUAUAUUCCUGUAAGAUAAAGAGAUACUCUCCCCGUUUUAUAAUAGUUGUUUCGCUUUGGUCAAGUUUUUUCUAGUACAUUCAAUUUUAUAGUGUAAUAUGUAAAUAUGUUAAACAUGUCUUAAUGUAUACUUGUAUUUCCCAAAAUAUUAAAUUUUUACAAUUUAUAUCAAAUAUAAUUUGAUCAUUUUACAAAAAAAAUUAAAAAUAAAAUAAAAAGAAGAAGUCAAAGUAUGCGUUGACUAAUGACUAAAGAUAUGUGGAAACUUUCUAUUUAUAUAGUGCAAACAGACAGGCAAUAGCAAACCCAUCACAUAAAAAAUUGAACUAACGGUUACAAACAGACAAAACUAACUUUCCCGCCUUUUUUUUCUUCUCUCAUUUCUAAACAACAAUGUUGAAGCUAAAAAUAACAACAGCAAUGAAGUUCAGACAAAUGAUAGCAGCAAUCACAAACAUCUCCAACACUACGCACAUCGAAUUCUCCGAAAAAUUCACCCUCUUUCAUACUACCCAUAAAACUACCAAUGUAUUAUCAUUGCUUCAUCUUUCUUCUAAA